AUGAUGCGCACAAACGACCCUCGAAUCCGCCAAACCCUCAACCAAAUCUCCCACAACAUUGAAUCCGCCAACGAAAGCGCCCAGGAAGGCUUCUACCGCUUCGGCCAACAAUACCUCGCACCUUGUCUCACGUCUCUCGGCAACUGUCUUACCGAAUGCACUGCGACCUGCUUUCCAAAUCGUGAAACUCAACUCCGACGUCGCAGGCGAGGUCGCGCCGAGCUCAGUUUCGACUUUUAUGAUGACUGGGAUAAUGAGAGCGCUAAUGAGGGGAUACUAGGAUGGGGCAAUGAUGAGUUGGAUCGGUUAUUGGCGGGKAGUGGGAGUGUAAGGGCUGGKGGUGGAGCGCAACAGCCCCGUCGACAACGCAAGAUGAGCUAUGGUGCUGCGCGGACGAGACGCAAGAGCUCAAUUGUGCCGGAUCAGAGGGAUGAUCCUACGGUGAUUCCCAAGUCGUCGUUUAUUGGAUUUUUGGAAAGACUUCCGUGGAAGAUUGGACCUCGUGGUGUCAAGUAUCGGCCGUCUGCGGCUGAUUUGCAGGAGAGACCGGGUCGACUGCCGCAUGACGAUGAUUAUAUUCAGCCUGGACAUUCAGAGGCACAGCCUUUGAUAGAAGAAGAGGAUGAAGAUGCAGACAACAUUGCCGGAAGUAUAAGGAAAGGAAAAAGGCAAAAACGGAAUCGCAGUACGACGCAGUCUUCGCAGGAAACGAGCAAUUCGUUGAGUUCAAGAGGCGAUCUUAUAUUCGACGAUGAGGACGAGGAUGCAGUACCGUUAGACGACGAAUUCGCUGUUGUAUUAGCGCGUCGAAAUACGGGGCUCACUUCGGAUGAGCAUCUGGCUGGAAGCGGAGGUCGUUCUAGAAGGACAACGUCGGGCCAGUCGUCGCGGAGUGGGAAGGCCAGAGAACGGAAAGAGUCGCGCAUUGAAAUUGAUACUGCUCGUAAUGCAGAAAUUGCGUCCAUGGCAGAACUGUCAAAAGAAGAGCAGGAAGCGGAAGCGGAGGAAGAGCUGGAAAUUGUACGCAGACGCAGUGCAGCUCAUCAGUUGGCUGUCAAUCAGGGACUAGCUCGGGCUACGGUAAGACUUGAUGAAAUCAAGUAA